GGACGCCCGCAGCCACCCGCCCGCCGGAAGCCGACAUCUCGGGUCCGGGCAGGAGCGGUCCGCGCGGCGAGGAGCAGAGCGGCCGGAACCCAGAGAGCAGCUCCGCAGAGGAGCUGCUGCCCGUACUCAAGAUGGCGAUUCCGGGCGGGCGUGGCCAGUGACUGGGAGGCGAAGCGGCGAGGGACCAUGGCGGCUGUCGACGAGCGGAGUCUGGAGGACGAAGAAGAGGAGGAAGAGGAGGAGCAGUUGGUUCUGGUGGAAUUAUCAGGAAUCAUUGAUUCAGACUUUCUCUCAAAAUGUGAAAACAAAUGUAAGAUUUUGGGCAUUGACACUGAGAGGCCCAUUCUGCAAGUGGACAGUUGUGUCUUUGCUGGGGAGUAUGAAGACACUCUUGGGACCUGUGUUAUAUUUGAAGAAAAUGUUGAACAUGCUGAUACAGAAGGCAGUAAUAAAACAGUGCUAAAAUAUGCAUGCCAUACCAUGAAGAAGCUCAGCAUGACAAGAACUCUUCUGACGGAGAAGAAGGAAGGAGAAGAAAACAUAGGUGGGGUGGAAUGGCUGCAAAUAAAGGAUAAUGAUUUCUCCUACCGACCCAACAUGAUCUGUAGCUUUCUUCAUGAAAAUGAAGACGAAGAAGUGGUAGCUUCAGCCCCAGAUAAACCUUUGGAAUUGGAAGAGGAAGAUAUUCAAAUGAAAGACAGUUCAAACCUGAGUUGUGAGCAAGAGAAACCACUGCACUUGGAAAUAGAAGAUUCUGGUACUCUUAUUGAUAUACCUUCUGAGACAGAAGGUUCUAUUUUUAUGGAAACUCAAAUGCUGCCUUAGAAAUCAGUCCUAGAUGAAAUGUUUCUCAUAAUAACUUGUCAAGUACUUUUUAGAGUUCUUACAUAAAAAUAAUUGCUGUGUA